AUGCGAGACACCUUGGAUGAAAUGUCCUCUGCUUCAGGGGUCGACGGGCGUUGUGCGGGGCGGCAGCAGGACCGAUUUUGCGAGGAGCGCGAGCAAAUAAGUAGGAAUUUUAUGGGGCGACAGAGGCGGCGUCAGCCAGAAAACGCCACAAUGAAUGCUAUGUCGCCCCCACGCAACCCAUGCCUCGUAGCUGCAGUUCCCAAUAGUGCCGUAGGGGCUCAUGAACAGGCAGUGUAUGACGCAAAGCGCGGCGAUUCGGGCAACUGCAGUUUCCUUAGUGGGGAGUGUCGGCAGAAAAAUGCAUUGAACCCAGGCGAGAGGAGGCCGUACCUUUGGAAAGGACUAGGCGCCGACGUUUUGUAUUUCAGCUCGGACUCCCUCGACGAUGUUGACCUGCGUCCACUUAGAUUCAGCCACGGCAGUUCAGAGGCGACGACGUCGGACGCCCUUUCUCCUCAUCCGCAGGCACUACCUUUGCCCCUCUCAGGCGGUUCUCGCUACAGGGGCAGGUGCUGGGAGGAUAGCGGCGGACCACUGCUUCACCAUACGAGUUUCUCCGCUGCAUUGGAGCCCCGACGUCGUCGCGUUCCGGAAAACGGCUCACCACUACCCCGGGCCAACCUUGGCCCCGCGCCGGUGCCUGCCAGGGUGUCCACCAAUCUUCAAUACACCAGCAUGUGUGUCCCAACAGCGCCGCUUGUGCAGGAGAAGACGUUUUGGAUCAAUGUUUGGCCCUGUUUUGGCAGCCUGACAUCGUUUCUGUGCAAACCAACACGAAUUUUAGUGCACGGUGGCUACCGCUACAUGGAGCAACUAACAGAGAAGGCGGGCACGUUGAUGAACUGCCGACCGGCGCCGAGCGUCCUCUACGAGCCUCACGGUCGUCCAUUGCGGUCGCUUGCGCAGCUCUUGCCGGAGCAGCAUUACCUAUUCUUUCCAAGCGGGGGCUUCUACCGCAAGGAAGCAGUUCCCGUCGCACUUCUCGUAGAGCUUGUGAAGACUGCGAAGCUGACACUCCAGCAGCGUUCUCGAUCUCGUGACAGCUGA